CAUCACCGCAUUUGAUGCAACCCACCCGCAUGUUGCGGCUCCUUACCGAGUGCCAUGUAACCAUGCUACUGACACCCUCAAAGUGACUCAUCAAUUGCGCGCAUGCAUCCAUCGAAAAAGUUCAUAUGAGACCCAAUGCUGAACUUGGAGCUGAAAUACACAACUUAGUCCAGAACAGUCAGAGGACGUCGGCGAUUCCUUCAAAAUUCACGGCUAUCUAGUCGUGUACUUUUGUAAUCAGACAUGGCCGACAGUGGACGCGCGAAUCGCGUGCGAAUCGACCUCGGCAAAGGCUCGCUGCGGAGCUUCACCUUUACGGUACGCGACAACCGGCCCCAUUCACAUUGCCAAAGACCUGAAGAGCAGUCUAUAAAUUGAUUGUCUCAUAAGCAAUUAUAGGAGCUUCAAUGGUAGCUUCCUAGACAAUCCACAGAGUAACGACACAGUCAAGAUCAACAUGGGCAAUCAAGCAGGUCCCGGUGUCGGCUUCGAGUUUCCUUCCUUUGAGGUGACAUGGUUGAAGCGCGACCUUUUGCUAUUCGCAUCAAGCAUUGGAGCUACAUACCCAGACGAGCUACACUUCCUCUAUGAGCUUCACCCGUCCUUCGCUGCUUUCCCGACUUACCCCAUUCUCCUCCCGUUUAAGCAUACCGACCAAGAAGUUAUCGACUUUUAUGCGCGCAGCAAUAGCACUCCGAUCAAGGGGGUACCAAAGUUUGACACGAGGGGUGUUUUGGAUGGCGAGCGCAAGAUGGAGUUUUUCAAGCCUCUGCCAGUAACCUCAGAGGGCCGAAAAUUCGAGAUCAGAAGUAAGGUGUUGGGUGUAUACGACAAGGGCAAACCAGGUACGGUUGUCGAGACAGAGCAACGUCUUGUCGACGUGGAGAGCGGCGAGACGUACUCGAGGGCCGUAGGUAGCGGCUUCUACGUUGGACAAGGAGGUUGGGGUGGUCCUAAAGGUCCCAAGGUUCCCAACUACCCACCUCCUGACCGCGCUCCUGAUGCGACACGCGUCUAUCAGACCACCAUGGAAACUGCGCAUCUAUUUCGCCUCAACGGCGAUUACAACCCUCUUCACGUAACCCCUGAGCCUGGCAAAAAGAUGGGCUUCGGCGGCCCUAUCAUCCAUGGCCUGUUUUCGUGGAACAUGUCAGCUCAUACAGUUCUACAAACAUUAGGCGCCAGCAAGCCUGAGAACAUGAAGGAGUUCCAAGCCAGAUUCGCAGCGCCGGUCAAGCCUGGGGACAAGCUCAUCACAGAGAUGUGGCGGGCAGGCGAACAGGAUGGUGACGGAUUCGAGGAGAUUCGCUUCAUCGUGCGGGUAGAAGGUGGGAAGACUGUCUUAACGAACGGAAGAGCCUUAGUAAAGGUCCAAGGUCAGAUCAAGGCGAAGCUGUAAAAAGCGCAAUUGCAUAGCCAUCAGCCGUGAAGUAUGUAUACAUGCCAGGUGUGUAUAUAAGACACAUUGCGCAACACUUUACUAGGUUCGUGUUGCGAUUGUCGUGUAACCAUAUUAAAAAAUUUGGAGUGUUGAGCUCCAAAGACAUUGCAGCCACACAGACAGGAAA